AUGGCUUCGCAAAUUCCUGAUCCUUAUAAAAUCUUGAACGUUGCCAAAGAUGCGCAGCUACCCGAAAUCCGAUCUGCGCACCGAAAGCUCGUCCUCAAAUGCCAUCCCGACAAGGUUCAAGAUCCCACAUUAAAGGCACGCGCGCAGGACGAGUUCCAACGGGUUCAAACAGCCUACGAAACAUUAGCCGACGAGAAGGAGCGAAAACGCUACGAUGACCAAGUUCGACUUGCUGAACUUCGCGAGCAGAUGAGGGCAAAGACAGCUGCGAGCGCAUCCAACCGUGCUACAGCUACCGCCGCUUCAAGUCCUGCUUCAAGUCGACCUACACCUACAUCUACAACAUAUAAAUACGAGAUUCACCCCAACGACCGCACUUAUAAGUCUACCAGCCGACAGCCUUCUCCUAGCCCCCGGGGCUACUCGUCAUAUUCUCGUUCUUACGAGGAGGAGCAUCCCCGUGCUGCCGACAUUUUCGAGGGUGUCCGAACUGUGAGAAGGGAAAAGUCAUACAACGAUAAGUCUUCAAAGCGUGAAGAUAGGGAUAGGGAGAAGGAGUUGGAACGAGAGCGCGAGAAGGAGUAUGCCCGAGAAAGUCGAGAGCGAGAGAAGGAGAGGGAGCGUGAGCGCGAACGACGGAGAAGAGCCGACGAGGCCAUUCGCCGUGCUGAGAAAGAAGCUAAGGAGGCCGCAAAGGAAGCCCGACGUGCUGAGAAGAAGACUCGCGACAAGUCCCGCAAGCGAGAGCCUGAAGAGAAGAAGCGACACACCUCAAAGCCCUACAUCGAGACCUUCGAUAAUGAGGCUAUACCAAAGUCAGAAAAGAAGAAGUCAAGCAAGAAGCACGACGAGAGACGUGAGCGCGAUCGAUCAUCGCACCGCGAGGAGGUACCUCCUCCCACGACCAGCUCAAUGCAGCCGCCACCUAUUCCUGUGGAAUACCAAAGCAAGGCUGAUGCCGCGCUCAACUAUAUCCAGGCUUCCCGAAGUAAGGGUACUGCGUCAUUCGCUGCUCGACACGUCCAGCCUCCUGCUCCUACUCCGCCUCCGGUUAGCUCGCCAUUUGCCGCCCCGGAAGAUGACGAUGCUCGGCGAUCAGCUGCUAAGCCUAGACGCGGAUCCUCAGGCGAGAAGGCUUACAGCAAGCCCGAGGUUGUCGAUGACCCUGUUGAGGCUACUGCUCCUUCUGCUCGCCCUCAUAUUCACAAGUCAGCGACAUCUACUGGCGCGCCUACCACUUCUCCUCCUCGACGUGAUCUUCCCCGGACGACUACUAUGCCUGUUGAGGGUUACGGCCGCCACGUGCCAGGAAUGGCCAGGGCUCAAACUUUCAGCGGCGCGUAUCCCGAACCUGAUCCUCGCGGUCGAGGACGCACUAGAUUGCAAGCUCAGAUCCCUGAGAGUGACUCAGAAGAUGAAUAUGAGCGUCACCGACGUGAGCGCAAGGCUCACCGCAGCAAGAAGCACCGAUCUCCCGAAGCCCGUGCUGGCGAGCAUAUAAUGCAAUACCGAGUUGACGGCAACCGCACAACGCUACAGAACUCUUAUUCACGCACCGCUGAGGACGCCUACUCGUCUUACUACACCCACCACCAGCCCGGUGUUCGAGUUGUUGAGCGCCCUUCAAUGCCUUCUCGCGACGCCAGCUACAACGCUAGCUACGCCAAGUACCCCAAGGUCAAGACCUCCAGUUACGGCGACGUCCAAUUCAGCGAGUACCCCAGUUACAACGAAGCGUACGCUGCCUAG